AUGGCGAUGAGUGCACUGCACCUUAAGCAAGUGCUCUCAACUAUAAUGCCCUGGGUGAGGUAUGCCUUCAGGAAUGAUAAUGAUGUCAACGAUGGCAAAGUCAAUGAUGGCGAGGUCAAUGAUGAUGAUGUCAACAAUAACGAUGUCAAUGAUGAUGGUGUCAAUGAUGAUGAAGUCAAUGGUGAUGAUGUCAACAGUGAUGAUGUCAACAGUGAUGAUGAUGUCAAUGACGAUGUUAUCAAUGAUGAGGAUAUCAAUGAUGAUGAUGUCAACGAUAAUGUUGUCCACAAUGGUGAUGUCAAUGAUGAUGGUGUCAAUGAUGAUGAAGUCAAUGGUGAUGAUGUCAACAGUGAUGAUAUCAACAGUGAUGAUGACGAUGAUAUCAAUGAUGAGGAUAUCAAUGAUGAUGAUGUCAACGAUAAUGUUGUCCACAAUGGUGGUGUCAAUGAUGAUGGUAAAGAGAAAAAUCUUCUCAAAUAA